AAGAUCUUCCCCGCAUUUUCCCGUGUCUUUCUUCCCAACACUGGCUUCCCCCGCUUCAACCUCUUAACAACAACAACACCAUCCCAUGGUACACAACACCACAACACCACACAUAGUCACACACAACACAUCAUCCACAACCAUGUCAGACACGACCAAGCCACUCAGUGACCGCGAGGCGCUGGCCUUUCGACAAAUUCCCACCAUGAUCUUCUCCACCGCGUCCAACCCUCUGACCGCGCCUCUGCCGCCCGACCCCAGCGCCACGACUCCGCCCCUCCGCGCAGCCGCCCGCUUCGCCGUCCCCGGCAAAGCUAUCAUCACCGGUGGUGCAGGCUCACUCGGCCUGACCGUCGCGCGGGCUCUUCUGGAGCACGGAUUGACCUCGCUCUCUCUCCUCGACCUCCCCUCUACCUUCACCACCUCCGCGGCAGCCCUCACGCAACUCACUACUGACUUCCCCCACGCCCAAAUCCGGACCUACACCGUCGACGUGACCUCUCCUCCCAGCGUGGACGAGACCAUCACUACCGCCGCCACAGCAAUGGGCGGGAUCGACUACCUCUGCUGCUUCGCCGGCAUCGUAUGCAGCGUCCCCUCCGCAACCACCACCCCCUCGCAAUUCACCCAACUUCUCGACGUGAACCUCACGGGCUCGUUUCUCUGCGCUCAGGCGGCCGCCAGACACAUGAUCGCGCAAGGCACCGGGGGCAGCAUCGUCUUCACGGCCUCCAUCUCGGCGUACGCGACCAACUUCCCGCAGCCGCAGGUAGCGUACAACGUCAGCAAGGCCGGGGUGGUGCACAUGGCGCGCAACCUGGCGGCGGAGUGGGCGGUGCAUGGCAUCCGCGUGAACAGCGUCAGUCCGGGGUACAUGGAUACCGUGCUGAAUGAGGGGGAGGGGCUGCGGCCGUUGCGCGAGAUCUGGGCGCAGCGGUGUCCGAUGGGGCGGAUGGGCGAUGUCGAGGAGAUCACGGGGCCAUUUGUGUUGUUGUGUAGUCCGCGGGCUGGGAGGUAUAUCACUGGGAUGGAUUUGGUGGUGGAUGGAGGGGCGAUGACUUUGUAGACGGAGGGAUGGAUGACGGCUGGACUUCCGUCUUGCCCUGACCGUGCUUGAGAGACGAGAGAUUGUGCUAGACGCUUAUAACUAUGAUGUUAGCCUAUUGAUAUGGCGGUACACAUGCUUCUGACAGCAGGAUUACCACGACAAGAUUCUGAACGGGGAACAGGUUUCGAUACCAUAUAUGGCUACCAUAACCACCAAGAAGCCAUAUGGCCACCUCGCACCGUAAACCGAA